UGCUUCCUUCCUGAUCGCGUCACGCUUUCCUAGUAGGACGGGUCUCCCAGUGUGGCUCAUUCGGCUUUAAGUCCGGCAGCAGGAGGCGCCGGGAGUUUUUACCUGCCUGACUUUUAAAUGGAUGUGAUCGACAUACAAGUCUGUCAGCUACGUAUUACAGCACGUUAAACGUGUUUAGUGUUUUUUCCCCUGAGCUGGUUUACUAAUACUGAUAUUAAGCUCAUUAAGUAUGGCUAUUAUAACAUGCCGAGUGCAGUACCUGCAGGACGCGGACCCCUUCGUCUGCACGAACUUUCCCGAACCUAGACGGCCGCCGCAUUACAAUUUCCACGAAGACCUGCAGUUAAGCGAGCAAAUCGCCGGUGUUCAUAAAGUAUUAGAAGCCCCGUUGAAGCUGGAAGAAUGCGCACUGCAGCUCUCUCCAGGGGGCAACUACUUAGACUUGGAGUCAUCCCUCGCCGAGCAGAGAGAUGACCUGGAGCAGCUCUACAGAGAUGUUGCACAGGGGAAAAAGCCAAUCUUAAUCCUGAGGACCCAGCUGUCUGUCCGCGUUCACUCCAUUCUCGAGAAGCUGUACAACUCCCAUGGACCGGAGCUUAGAAGGUCCCUCUUCUCUCUGAAGCAGUUGUUCCAGGACGACAAGGACCUGGUGCCGGAGUUUGUGAAUUCUGACGGCCUCACCUGCUUCAUCAAAGUAGGGGCUGAAGCUGACCAUAACUACCAGAACUACAUUCUGAGAGCCCUCAGCCAAAUCAUGCUGUUUGUGGACGGGAUGAAUGGUGUGAUUCACCACAACGAGACCUUACAGUGGCUGUAUACCCUGUGUGGGAGUCUGUCGCGGCUGGUGGUGAAAACAGCCCUGAAGCUGUUGAUCGUGUUUGUGGAGUACACGGAGUCCAACAGUCCGCUGCUUAUCCAGGCCGUGAACACGGUGGAUGGCAAAAGGGGUGCAAAGCCCUGGUCCUACCUAACAGAGAUCCUGGAAGAGAGGAACGGUUCAGACAGUGAACUUCUUAUCUAUGCCUUGUCACUUAUCAAUAAGGCCCUGGCAGCUUUGCCAGACCAGGACUCUUUCUACGACGUCACUGACUGUCUGGAGCAGCUGGGGAUGGAGAAAACCAUGCAAAGGCACAUGAACAUCAAGGGCACUGACCCCGAUUUGAAGCAGCAGUUCACCAUAUAUGAGAACGCGCUGCGUUACGAGGACGGCGACGUGGAAGAGGCCAUGGCGACCACCCGGCGGGACCGGCGCAAGCUGGCUCCGAGUGCCGAGGAGGGCAGGAGGAGUCGCAGGUCCUCUGCGCAGAACCUGGUGGACGGUCCUCUGCCCCUUGUCUUCCCAUCCCCUGAUGGGACCGCUACGGACCCGGGGGAUAUCCCAGUGCCCCUGUUAUCCAGGAAUGGUUCUGCUAGGAGUUCCGCCAGCUCAGAACCGCAGGUGCCGUCAAACCCGGGGCGCUCUUUCAUCAGUCAUUAUCUGUCCAGUAAGGGGGGUUCUAGACGAUCAAGGUUGCUUAACAAGGCAAGGUCAAUAACUGAGGAGUCCCCUGCUGCUGCUGUCAGUCCAUCUCCCACAGACGCCACUUCUGUGGAGAAUCAGAACCAGUCUCAGCCUCCACUAAACACACAGUCUCAGACCGAGGACAGCGGCACCUUCAACCUGGAAGCCUGUAUUAUAAAUAUGGACAAACCAGUUCUCAGAAGGUUUCAGGGGAUCUUCCUGCGCAGUCUGGAGGCGACCCAGUGGGAGCGACGAAAGAGGCAGUCCAUCCAUGGCACUCAGCCGGAGGGACCCUCCCCCGAACCUGAGGAGCCCUGCCAGAACAGCACUGCUGCUGAAGACCGCAUUCAGCUGGAAGACAGCAGAAAGGCCGCUACCUCUGCUGUCGACCUGGAGCAGCCUGAAGUUAAAUGCGUGACUCCUGGUGAAUUUGGUGGAGAGAUCAAGCGACAGGGCAGCGUUGUAGAGCAGCGCAGCACCCUCUCCAGUGACAGGAAGUUCAUGCUGGACAUGCUCUAUGCCAAGGACCCCGUUGGCUCCCUGACCAUGCCGACAACAGAGGAAGAGAGCCCUACAGCAGGCGAAUCUGAGGCUGGAGAUGGGGAGGGGCCUGACUCUGAGAGGCGGGGCCAAGCACAUCGGCAGACGGAGCUGGAGAGCUUGGAGGGCAGCACGCGGGCGGCCAAGGCCCGGCUGGCGGAGGAGCGGCAGGUCCGGGCCGUGCGUCCGCAGUACAGCAUCGACGCGGAGACCAACACACUCAGCCUGGAGACCACCCUGAUGACUCCGCUGUCUCGGGGUAGCCAGGGCGGCUGGGACCGUCUGCAGCCUUCCAACAGGCAGCUGCGCAUCAAAGACCUGGACUUCUCCGACCUUCAGGAAGAGGAGGACAUCGACGUGCUGGAUGUGGAUUCUUUUGACGCUGGUGUGCCUAACGGGCUGCCGCCACCCCCACCGCCCCUGCCUGGCUUGGGGUCUCCUCCGCCACCGCCCCCCCCACCUCCCCCGGGGGUCCCAGGUCUGGGCUCCCCUCCUCCACCUCCUCCCCCACCUGGCAUCGGUUUCCCUGGCAUACCUCCGCCACCCCCAGCCCCCGGCAUGCCCCCUCCUCCACCCUCGGCGAGUCCAGACCCCGCUUUCGCUAAGAAGAGGAAAACUGUCAAGCUCUUCUGGAAGGAGCUAAAGCAGUCGGACAGCCCAAGAAAAUGCAAGUUUGGCCGUGGCACAGUGUGGGCAUCGCUGGACAAAGUGACCGUGGACACGGCCAAACUGGAGCACCUGUUUGAGUCCAAAGCCAAAGAGCUUCCUGUAGCUAAGAGAGGGUCUGAAGUGAAGAAAUCCGAGAUUGUUGUCCUGGAUCCCAAGAGGAGCAACGCAAUUAACAUCGGCAUGACUGUCUUACCUGCUGUCCACAUCAUCAAGACCGCCAUCCUUAAUUUUGAUGAGUUUGCCAUUAAUAAAGAAGGAAUCGAGAAAAUUUUGAGCAUGAUGCCAACAGAGGAAGAGAAGCAGAAGAUCCAGGAGGCACAGCUGGCCAACCCAGACAUGCCACUGGGCACAGCGGAGCAGUUCCUGCUCGCCCUGUCCUCCAUCAGCGCCCUGGGAGCCAGGCUGCAGCUCUGGGCCUUCAAGCUGAACUACGAGACACUCGAGAAGGAGGUUGCAGAGCCCCUGUUCGACCUUAAGCAAGGAAUGGAGCAGCUCGCUAAGAACCAAACAUUCAAGCACAUCCUAGCAACCAUUCUGGCCAUAGGAAACUUCCUGAACAACUCCAGCGCCAAGGGCUUUGAGCUGAGCUACCUGGAGAAGGUGACCGAGGUGAAAGACACGGUGCAACGACAGUCGCUCCUGCAUCACAUCUGUAACUUCGUGGUGGAGAAGUACCCAGACACGUCAGAUGUGUACUCUGAGAUCGGCUCCCUCACACGCUGUGCAAAAGUGGACUUUGAACAGCUGUCGGACAGUCUAGUGCAGCUGGAGAAGAGGUGCAAAGUUUCCUGGGACCAUCUGAAGGUAGUGGCCAAGCAUGAGGCCAAAGCCGGCUUGAAGACCAAGAUGACAGAGUUUCUGAAGGACUGUACGGACCGGAUCAUCAUCCUGAAGGUGGUACACAGGCGCAUCAUCAACAGGUUCCACUCCUUUGUUCUGUACCUGGGCCAGCCAUCCCACUCUGUGCGGGACAUCAAAGUCACCCAGUUCUGCAAGAUCAUCAGCGAGUUCUCUUUGGAGUACCGCACCACAAGGGAACGCGUCGUAACGCAGAAGCGCAAGCGGGCCGCCCACCGCGAGCGGAACAAAACGCGCGGGAAAUUAAUCACAGAGACCGAGAAGUUCUGCGGAGCAGUCUCCUCUCCAACUGAGAGCAGCCCCACCCCUGUCUCCGUGGCAGCACUUACUGAGCCGACACAAGAGGAGCAUGAGAACAUGAAGAAUUUGCUGACCGCUAGCGUUGACCAUGGCAAUCUGCGUCGUAGUCGUGCUGUACGGAGCUUAGGUAAUGUAAAGCCUGUGAAUGUAUCUACCAAAGAUGACAUCACAAGUUCCCAUGACGACGCCACUGAUGAGAUCAUGGACCGCCUGGUCAAGUCUGUAACGCAUAAUCCAUCAGAGAGGCCCUCCACUCCAAAAACGCGAAAACGCUCCCGUUUGAACAGGAAAUCCUUGCGGCGGACGCUGAAGAGCGGCCUGAGUGUGGACAUGGUGCAGGCGCUGGGCCUCAGCAAGCCCAAUGAUCAGCUGUGACAGCAGGCUCCCCUGGGACACAGCAUGGGAAGACCCAGAACAAGCCCUUAAAGGGACGGGGGAAGAUGCGGCAAAAUGCGGCCACUACGAGAGAGGAUAUGAACGGCACCGGCCAUGUGGCUGCAGGGAACGUCUCGGCUAGAACACGACUUGGACUUGAGUUUGUUUUAUAGGUGCUAGAACUGUGUCUGAAGUAUGUUCUGAAAUAUACCACAGGAGUGGCCUGAGUUGCUUUCACAGCGGGGGGUGUUGGUGGAGUGCUGGAAGCUGAGGAAUAUUCACAGUAUAUAUAUAUAUAUAUCUACUAAUGUUACAUUUAUUAUUUUUUUGCACAAGAGCAAAUGGGUUAGUGUGUGUGUGUAUGUGUGUGUGUGUGUGUAUAUGUGUGUGGAGGGUCCUGUAGUAUCUGGAUUGUGGUAUAAGCUGCCCCACCCCCCUCCCUUAGGUAAUGUUUUAUAUGGGAUGGAAUUGGGAUACCUCUGUGAGGCUCUCGAGGAGGUUACGAUGAUAUGGAAACUUAAGAAUUCUGAAUUAAGGGCUGUACGCUUGUUGGCAUUUGUUGUUGUAUAUUAUUGUUUAAUUUAUUGCUGGGCCAUUUCUCUUGUUGGUGAAUGCGCAUUUGAAUCUUAUUUUAGUCUUUGUUGUCAGGGAGACGUUUAAAGACGUCCUUCAGUUGGCUUGGUCCUCGCUACGACACACGGCACGGAGUCUAGGCAAGAUGGGAAACACAUCCCUUUCAGUUAGGUCAGCAGUCUGUUAUCUGAUGAACUUAGUUUGUUCUCGCUAGUUUUUUAACUGUUCCGCCCUUGUAUUUAAACAACAGAUUGUAUGCUCAAAGGAUAAGCAAGCAAAUGUCUUAACUUUGCAUUGUCAGCGCAAUUAAAAUGGCAGCAAAAUUAAAUUUUUUAAUGUCUAACAUCGGUUAAACGUUCAUAUUGCGGAUAUUACGGUUUUGCACUGCGAGGUUAGGGUGUACUUAUCUAAUUAUGUAUCAAUUCUGUAUUGUGUGAGAGACAUACAAAAAUACACGGCAGUCACUUUUUGAUGUUCUUCCGGUGGUUUUACAAUUAGGAUUUAGCCGAACUCUUCUGCUAAAUCAUUUAUAACACACCAGCUUACCCUUUUUAAAAUGUAUUAAUGUAAUGUUUGUCAUAUGACCCAAUAACAUGUUUGCAUCUCAAAAUAAAAUAUUGUUUUAAUUGUUGUAAA